AAAAUGCCCGUCUUUCUUUGGUGCUGCCGUCAUCUCUCUGCGCUUCUCUUUGACUGUUUACAGCUUCUAUGAGGGAAGGUCGCUUCAUUCUUUGCUGGUGAGUUAACUGAUUAAAGACUGGCUGCUCUGGAUCCUGGCCAUGGAUGAAGAGUUGACGCCUUUGGACUGCCUUCUGCCCUCAGGCAUGCAGAGGAUCUGUCUGAUUAUUCUGAACCAGCCUCUAAAUCAAGACUACCUGCACAUUCUCUGGAGUAAAGCUCUCUUGAGGGCAUGUGCUGAUGGAGCUGCCAAUCACCUUUACAACAACACUGCUGGAGACAGAGACAGCUUUCUCCCCGACUAUAUCAGUGGGGAUUUUGAUUCCAUUACUGACGAGGUCAAAGCAUUCUAUGGAGACAAGGGGUGCAAUCUGAUAGAAACAGCUGACCAGGAUCUAACGGACUUUACCAAGUGCCUCGCGAUCAUGGUGGAGGAAAUUCAUAGACGACAGUUACAGGUGGAUGCCAUAGUGACACUGGGCGGUCUGGCUGGCAGAUUUGACCAGACCAUGGCAUCUGUUGAGACCCUCUACCACUCUCUGUCAAUGACACAACUUCCCCUGUUGAUGAUACAGGGGACCAGCCUAAUAUGCCUUCUCAGACCUCAGGGCAGUCACAGACUAGCGGUGAAUACAGGCCUGGAGGGGGACUGGUGCAGCCUCAUUCCAGUGGGUGGCCCCUGCCAAACAACCACGACUGGACUGAAAUGGAAUCUGGAUAACCAGAUCUUGCAGUUUGGGAAGCUGGUAAGCACCUCCAACGCCUAUGAACCCGUUGCCCCUGGAAACCCCAGAAAGCCUGUAACCGUGACAACAGACCAGCCCCUGCUCUGGAGCAUGGGCAUCUGUGAGGAUGGGCAAUGACACAGAAGCCCCCUUCUUCUCGGGCCACAUUUGACGACUACUUUGCUACAGCUGAGCUAUGGCAACCGUUUAGAUGUUUUGUACAGCACGAGGUAAAAGGAGGAAGAAGCUAAAGCACCAUUACAUAUGGCCAGCUAAUGGUUUCCAUGAUUGUCUUGUAAUAGAAUGACUAAGACUUGGGCAGCUCGGUUGGAAUACAAGAAAAUUCAAAACUGACUGUUUUUACACCACAGUGGCCAUCUUUGACUGAUAUUUACUGUAUUAUUUUAACAGGUUUGGAUACGCUUCCUCACUGUGCAGGGUUGAAUUAUGUGAACCAUAUACCACCAGAAAUCCAAGAAUUAUUCCAUGCUAACAUCUGGUGCUCUUUAUCGAAACACAUGUUGAUAUCAGGGAACCUUUGAGAUGGAAAGCAUACAGCAGAUAGACAUUACAAUCCCUAAAGUACAUCUUCCUUUAAAUGAGAGCAGGUAUCUGCUUUGUAUCACAGCCUACUACAUACACAAUGUGCCUUUUAACGUCAGGGCUUCUGCUAAGUACGAGAGGAAAUAUUGUUCUCCAGCUUCAAAUUAUUUGUGCCUUUUGUACAAUAUUUCUUAAAGCCAGAAAAGUUUUUUAAACCAUUGUAUACAUGCUAUAGUGAUAGAAAAGCUAUUUGGAUAGAGAAGACAAAUCUAGUCUGUGUGUUUCCAUCUGUUUUAUUUACACAUCGAAAUAUAAAUGUUGUGCCCAAAAUGUAAAAAUGCCAUCCCUUACAUCCCCAUAACACUUUGCACCACUGUCUCCUGGCCCCGGGUAUUGAUGUUUGGUUUUCUUCUCGACCAGGACUUAACCACCACUAGAAAACAGAAAAACAAGAAAGGCAGAGUUAAUGAUUGGAGAAAACAAAACAGGACAUGAACAUUACUGUAAUAUUCCGGUUGCGUGACCAAGCAAACCGAUUGACCGAACUUUCUUCCAAAGACAGACAAUGUAACUCCUACACUCUAGUAAACUGUAUAUUCUGACUGUUAAGAUAAGAUAAUGGCCUAAAUGAAUAGUAUUUGGAUGUACUUUCCUACUGUGCCCAAAAAUAAAAUCAUGAAUGCUGCA